AUGAAGAAACAAUAUUAUCCAUCUACUGAAUUAAAAAAUGCUUCAAAAAUUGUUAGAUAUAAACCAGUUGCUCAAAAUCUUGCAGUUUUAGCUAAUGAUGACCCUAUGCCGGAGUACAUGAAUAUGCUUGGAAUGAUAUUUAGUGUUUGUGGUUUAAUGUUUCGUAUGAAAUUUUGUUCAUGGUUAGCAUUACUAUCAUCAUGUGUAUGUUUCGCAAAUAGUCGUUCAAGUGACGAUACACGCCAAAUUGUCAGCAGUUUCAUGCUUUCAAUUUCUGCUGUUGUAAUGAGUUACCUCCAAAAUCCUUCACCAAUUGAACCUUUUUGGAAAAGUUAA